UUGUGUUCAUAAAAUAAUUGAAGGCAUGCAUAGAUAACAUCGGGCUAUAGGAGACACCUGGCUGAAGACUUAUGUACUUCUAAACUCCUGGGCUGCUUUUCAGACUGACGCGCAUAUGGGCGUCACCGGCGCCCGAGUCAUAGGAGGAGAAGCUGACCGGAGCGCAGCAGCAGCAGACACACAGAUGGUUAGUGUUGGUCACCAUGAGCCUUCGGCACCGCGCGCUCAGCUACCUCUCCAUCGCUCUCGUGAUGGUGCUUCCUCGAGGUGCGGAGCGCAUCGCGGAGCUCGCGGUGGUAGCGGAGUACUCCUCCAAGACCGACUUGGACUACGAGUUCGGGGACUAUCGGGGGAAGUGGUGCAUCGACGACCACGGUUUUGUUUACGGCAUUGGAGAGAUUUACUACCCGAGCCCCUCAGCCUGUCCAUGCACGUGCACCGUGGACGGUCCCGUGUGCGUCCGACCUAAGUGUCCCCGCGUCCACCCCAGGUGCACGCGGAUCAGAUAUAAGGCGUGCUGUCCGGUGUGCGAGGCUAUGGCCAGGGUGUGUGUCUACGGGGGCAAGACGUUCCGGCUCCUAGAGGAGUUCAGGUUGUCGAGAUGUGAGCGAUGUCGCUGUGAGGCCAACAGGGAGGUAUACUGCAGCAUUUCAGACUGCCCUGCCCCUCACUGCGUCAACCCCACCUAUGAACCCAACCACUGCUGCCCCAUCUGUAAGACUGGUCCCAACUGCUUUGCUGGGAACCGGGUGAUUCCAGCAGGGGAGCGCGUGAACAUUGAUGAGCAGACGGUAUGCUAUUGUACCUACCGGGACGGGACGUGGCACACCCAUCCCCAUGCCACCUGCGAGCAGCGCCCCCAGCCCAGCCUGACACCCAGCACCCAUACCGAGCCACCUGGGGAUGCAGAGGGCAGGAGGAGAGGGGGGAGUCCGUUCAUUCCCAGACUGGAUGUGAUACCAUGAAGCAGAGUGUCUCAUUGAUGCAGAGCCACUCUGCUACAAAUAAACUGUAUAUAAAUUAAUUAGUA